AUGGCACAGGACAAAGAGGCCGACAUGAAGCACGACAGCUUCGAUCACUUCGAGCAUGUCCCUAACGAUCAACAGCAGGAGUCGGACGGCGGCACCACACAUGUCGACACGCUCCCGACCAUGGCUGUUCAAGCUCUGCGUGAGCAAAAAACCACGAGGACUAUGGUUUUCUUUGCAGCCUGGAUUGCCUUCGCUGGCUGGAUUUGCAAUUUCGACCAGGGCUACCAAGGAGCCGUUUUGAUCAUGCAGUCGUACGGAAGAGCCUUUGGGCAUUGUACACAGAUGCCCGAUCCGGGUACCGGGGUCAUGGUUGAAGUUUGCACGUUGUCCGCGACUCAACAGUCGCUGACCGGCGUGCAGACGCUUUUCUAUGCCGCAGGAGCUGCGCUGGCAGGAGUAACGGGCACAUGGCUUGGUCGAAGAGACAACAUCCGAUUAGCUUGUGCACUCUGCAUCAUCUCGGCCGCAGGUAUGCUCGGCACUGGUGGCAGCUUCCUCCAAUACAUGGUUGUGAAAUGUAUCGGCGGGCUUGGGAUCGGUCAACUUCAGGCCGUGGCUAUCGUCUAUGGCUGCGAAUGCGUCGCUCCCAGGAAGCGUGGCCUUCUGCUCGCCAUUUUCAACACUGGUCUGUCCGUUGGUAAUGCAUCGGCAGCCGCUGUCUGCGCCGGUUCCUCCAACUUUGCACCCACCAAUGACUGGCAGUGGAAGACACCCAUCGUCUGCCAAAUCCCUCUCAAUCUCAUGUUGGCAUUAGGCACGUUCCUAUUCUGCGAGUCGCCAAGGUGGCUCUUGAUCAAGGGGAGAGAAGAUCAAGCUCGAAUUUCUUUCGCAGCAUUCCUACAUGCCACACCAUCCUCUGAGAUUGUGAGCGCACAGAUCCAAGACGUCAAAUUCCAUCUUGAACUUGAACGAUCUAUGGUGGCGACCGCCUCGUGGACCGAGAUAUAUGGCAGGAAGAACAUCCGCAGGACUCUCACGUCGACAUUAGUCCUUGUCAGCAUGGGGAUUACCGGAAUUCAGUUCGUCGGCUAUUACACGGCCUUAUUCUUAUCGGGUGUAGGCGUCCACAAUCCCUAUCUCAUCAACGUUACCAUCGCGCUCUGUAUCUUUGCUGGCACCAUCCCUGGACCUUUAACUCCGGAAUAUUGUGGCAGGCGACUCUCGUUGUUGAUUGGCUACAUGUGUAUGGGAAGUUUUAUGUUAAUCUUCUCGUCGGUGAGCACGGGCUUGGGGGCCGAUAAUUCUGUUGCGAAGAAUGUCGUGGUGGUAUUCUUGUGCCUAUGGGCAUUUACAUUUGGAGCUUUUAUCGGGCCCAAUGUUUGGCUGUCCUCCACCGAAAUGCAUAGUGUUUCGCUUCGAACCUAUGGCCAAGCCAGCACGACCGCGGUUUUCAACUUAUUCAGCUUUGGAGCUACAUUUUGGACGCCAUAUAUGUUGAACCCUGAUUAUGGAAAUAUGGGAGUCAAUGUUGGGUACUUCUAUUUUGGAGUAACCUUCGUGAUCACCCUGCUCAUUUUCUGGUUUGUUCCGGAGACUGCGAGAUUGACUCUGGAACAAGUGGACGACUACUUUGCAACGGGCCGUGCAGCUUGGAAGACUUCCUUGACUGGGAACAAACGACUGGCUACUGGGGUUCCCCUGGAAGUGGUUGUACAUGAAUGA